AUGGAGGUUGCCGACAGCAGCAGCACCACCAGCAGCUACGCAUCCCACCCCCACCACCCCUCCUCCCGCUCCUCCAGCCCAGCCGGCAGCGACAUCACCGAAGUCCCCUCCGACCUGUCGCCCUCCUCCUCCUUCCGCACCAGCGGUAGCGCCAGCGUGCCCCGCACCAUCGCCAGCGACAUCGAGCACAUCAAAACGCUGAUUGCGCGCGCCGACUCCGUCUCGCCGGAUUCCAGCAGUAUUACCGCGCAAGUCUUCCGGAGUCGGAGCGGUUCGACGGGCUCGAUUAUUAGCCAGCAGCGGAUUUUUCAUGAGCUGGAUUUGCUUAAGAGGAGGGUGAGGUAUGAGCGGCCUGGGAUUGAGCGCCGAGUGUCGCAGAUGGACCCCGAGACGGAGAGCGAGUCGGAGGAUGCGAUUGAUGAGCGGGAAGAGGAGCUGGAAGGCUUGCGGGCACAGUUGGUGCAUGAGCGGCGGCAGAAUGAGGAGUUGCUGGCGAGUGCGGAGGAGCGGAUUGAUGGCUUGAUGGUGGAGAAGGAGGGCUUGCUGCAUGAAGUGCAGGCGCACGCGGAGUAUGUCGAGGGCUUGCAGGAGGAGAUCCAAGAGGUGACGGAGGACCGGGAGAACCAGUUAGCUCUGGCGCAGCAGGAGAUGGAAGAGUUACGCGAGCAGAUGCACGCCACGGAGGCGAGCAUGGCGCUGAUGCAGCGCCAUCUCGCCGACUUUGAGCUUCGUGCCGACACGGCAGAAGUGUUGGCGCACCGCAUAGAGACCGAGGUGGAGCAGCGCAUGGCGGCCAAGGACCGCGAGCUGCUCGAGGUGCAGAGCCAGCUGGCCGAGCUGGAGAAGAAACUGUACGACUCGUCCGCGCAGCUGCGGGAGAAGAAUGCUGAGCUGUCCCAAGCUACUGAGCAUGCAUAUCGCAUGUUCGACGAGAGCGACCGCGGGCACGAAAACGAGCUGCGCGAACUGCGCGAGCAGCUCGAGCAGCGCAUCGCCGCCCUCCGCGCCGACGUCGAGGAGGCCAACGAGGCGCGCGACGUCGCGCACAAGGGCUGGGCGGACAAGGUGGCGCGCAUGAAGACCGACUGGGCGGAGGAGAUUGCCCAGCUAAAGGCAGAGGGCGAGCGGCGCUCGCGUGCCCUCGACGAAGGUUGGUCCUCAAAGACUGCCGACGCUGCCCAAUCCCACCAGGCUGAAUUGUCACGUGUGCAAAGCGCGCACCAAAAGCAGCUGGCUGACCUCCGCGCCGAUUCUGAGCGCCGGGCUGUUCUUUUGAGCGAGUCCUCGGCCGCUCUGUUGGCCGCGUCUGCGGCCAAAUCCGAAGAGGGCUCUUCUGCGAAGUCUGAGGAGCCAGGCAGCGGUGAUCCGGAGCUUCGUGCGCAGCUGGAUGCCGCGCGGAGCGACGUCGAGACCGUCAGGGGCAAGCUGGCUUCUGCACAGGAGAAGAACUGGCAGCAACUGAUUCAGUUCCAAGACAAGCACAAGCAAACCAUUGCAGCACAUUCCGAAGAGCUGGCGGCGUUGAGACAAGAUCACCGCCACAUGCUGGAAGACCUCGAGACGCAGAACGAUGCGCUCGAGCGGCAAGUCAACGAGCUGAAGACGCUACACCGUGAAGUGCUUAGUCCGGGGCAGGGCGACGGGCCCGCCGGCGGCAACAAGGCGCUCAGCUUCCUCGAAGAGUGCACACGGCAGCUGCAGAAGGUGCACGAGAUCGAGGUGCGGGGCAUGCGCAAUGAUUACGACACGACGUUGCGAGAGCGCGAAGCGCAGUCCGUCACGGAGUUGAAGAAUGUGCAGCAAGCGCUUCAGGAGGCGCUGGAGUUCGCCAAAGCCGAGGGCAUGGUGGCGCUGGAUGCGGCCUACCGCGACUACGAGGAGAUGAAGCGAUCGCUGGAAGAGCGGCUCGUGGCCGCCGAAGAGGCGGCGAAGAGUCUACGCGAAGAGCUGGACAAGUCGCCGCAAGAUCAUCUGGAAUCGCUGCAGCAGGAGCACGAGCGAGCCGUGCGCAUGCUGCUGCGCAAUCAAAAGAGCGAGCUCAGCUCCAUCGAGGAAACGCACCAGCAACAACUCAGUACUCUCGAGGCCAGCUUGCGUGCGCAGAUCGAAAGCGAGUACAGCAAUGCGCGACCCCCGUCGUCAUCCAGCCGGGAAUCCUCCCACGCUGACAUCACCGCGUUGAAACGAGAACACAAACGGGAACUGUCACGCGCGCGGGCUGCGGCGCAGAACGAGCUCCAGGCGGCUCGCACGGACGCGGAUGAAGAGUUGGAGGACCGGCUGCGAGAGCAGGCGGAGGCGCAUCGCCGUCAACUCGACGACUUGCACCAAAGUCUUAAUGUCGAGCUUACGCAUUUGCACGUCAAACUCGAGGAAGCGUCGCUGCAGCGAGAUGAUCAGUUGAAGGAGGUCGAAAUGCGACAUCGCAAUGCGCUGGAAGCCGCAGAGCAGACUUCUCGGGCAUUGCAGGCUCGACUAGACGCGGAGGCGAUGGGUCGUGCGGAGGCCGAGAGGUCUUUGGCGGGAUUCAAAAAGUCGCGAUUCGAGGAGGACCGCGGGGUGGAGUCGCGACACAGCAUGCGCAAGUCGAUUGUGCUGCUGGAGGCGGAGCGGGACAGUCUGGCGAGGAUGCUGGCCGGCAGUCCAUCGCUGAGCCACCUUGAAGAGGAAGAGGAAACGUCGCCCGACAAUACGCUGGAGUCUUUGGGAUUAGAAGACGAGGAGGACGUGACGAAACUGAAACAGAGACUGUUGACCGCGGAGCAAGAGCGGAGAGCAGCGCAGGACUUGGCCGAGCAGCGUCUUGUUGAAAUGACGAGGCAGACCGAGUUCUUGACCAAAGAGCUGGAAGACGUCAUGGCGCAACGGAACGCAGCACAAGCUGCAGCGAGUCGCGGAUCGACCGACAUCUCCGUUCAGACCGAGCCCGUGUCCCUCCUGGGUCCUGAAGCGCUUCGAGAGCCCAAAUCGGAUCCCGCUGUAUCCCACGCACACAGAGAUGCCUUGCAGCAGCAGCAAGCCCUGGAGAUCUCAGGGGAGAUAGUGGAGAGGAGGAAAUCGUUCGAGAAAUACCUGAUGCUUGCGCAGGAGGAGCUCUCGAGCCUAGGCAGCACCACAAACGGCAACGAAACAUUCUUCGCAGAGAAGACGCGACAGCACGCGAGCGGCGUGCAAGCCGCAAAGGAGAAGCUAGCCGUCACCUACCGCCGCAAAUUCCGCGCUCUCAAGGCCGAGAGGGAGCGCAUGGAGCGCGCCGUCGGCGCCAAAAGCGCUGCCGACUUCUCGCGCGAACACGAGUACCUCUUCGCCAGCUACGGCAUCGACGAUCCCGAGAGCGCAGGCGGGGUGGGCGAUUCGUCCACCACGCUGUUCCAGGACCUGGCGCCGAAGCUGCAGCUUGCGGUGCGGGCUGCGGAGCAGAAACUCGUGGGCGAGUACCAGCGGCGCCUGACGAAGCGCCGGUCGCAGAUUGCUAUCAAGCAUGCGGAGAAGUUCCGGGCGUUGACGGAGGAGUUUCAUCGGAAGACCGCGGAGCUGGUGGGUGGGAGGGAGGGGUGGGAGGGGCAUGCUGCUGCUGCUGUUGCUGCUGCUUCUCACGAUCCGGAGGAGGCGGACGUUGCUAGUAAGAGGGUGUCGGUGGUGGACCGCAAUGCGCUGGCGAAAGCGCUCGAGGCUGCUGCGGCGGCUCACACGAAGCCUAAGCGGCCCAUUUCACUCAGCGCGCCUGGGUCAUCGACAUCUAUUCCGCGCGCUUUUCCCUUCGCAGGAAGACGCGACACCCUCACCCCCGCCGCGGCCCCAGAAGUCCCCCUGCGAUCUCCCCGCCGCGAGUUUUUCGACUUGAUGAGCACAGCAACAACCCCAACAAGCAAGACGCAAACCUCCUACCUCGACACCAGCUCCGGCCGGUCCAGCGCCGAACCCCCAACUACAUAUACCUACAUCCCCACGGGAUCGACCACCAUGCUGGCCGCUGUGUCGCGUCUCUCGGAACCGCGCGUCGAGUCUCGCUCCUCGAUCCGUUCGGGCGUCAGCGCUUUGAGCGCUAGCGGGUCGGCGGAGACGGGCGAGAAUGAAGAGUCGGCGUCGUCGAGACCUUCGAUUUCGCAGCGCUCGCAUUCUUCUCAGUCGUUUUCGCGGCCGCGGCCGAGGACUACGAAGCACUCGACGAGGUCGAUGUUUGGGUUGUAG